AUGAAUUACGAAUUUGAGCGAGAGAUUGGUUUUAUCAAUAGCCAGCCGUCGCUCGCUGAGUGCCUGACAUCUUUUCCCCCUGUCGCUGAUACAUUUCAAAGUUCAUCAAUCAAGACCUCGGCGCUUUCACACUCGACACUGAUUCCUCCUCCUUUUGAGCAGACCAUUCCCAGCCUGAACCCGGGCAGUCACCCUCGCCACGGCGCUGGCGGCCGCCCCAAAUCGAGCCCCGCGGGCAGUCGCGGCAGUCCGGUGCCCGCCGGCGCCCUGCAGCCGCCAGAGUACCCCUGGAUGAAGGAGAAGAAGGCGGCCAAGAAAACCGCGCUGCCGCCCGCCACUGCCGCCUCCACGGGCCCUGCCUGCCUCGGCCACAAAGAAUCCCUGGAAAUAGCUGAUGGCAGCGGCGGGGGAUCCAGGCGCCUGAGAACUGCAUACACCAACACUCAGCUUUUGGAGCUGGAGAAGGAAUUUCAUUUCAACAAGUACCUUUGCAGACCCCGGAGGGUGGAAAUCGCCGCGCUGCUGGAUUUGACUGAGAGACAGGUGAAAGUGUGGUUUCAGAACCGGAGGAUGAAGCACAAGAGGCAGACUCAGUGCAAGGAGAACCAAAACAGCGAAGGGAAAUUUAAAAGCCUGGAGGACUCAGAGAAAGUGGAGGAGGACGAGGAAGAGAAGUCACUCUUUGAACAAGCCCUGAGCGUCUCCGGGGCCCUUCUGGAGAGGGAAGGUUACACUUUUCAGCAAAACGCGCUCUCUCAACAGCAGGCUCCCAAUGGGCACAAUGGCGACUCUCAAACUUUCCCAGUUUCGCCUUUAACCAGCAAUGAGAAAAAUUUGAAACAUUUUCAGCACCAGUCACCCACUGUUCCUAACUGCUUGUCAACAAUGGGCCAGAACUGUGGAGCUGGUCUGAACAAUGACAGUCCCGAGGCCCUCGAGGUCCCCUCUUUGCAGGACUUCAAUGUUUUCUCUACAGAUUCCUGCCUGCAGCUUUCAGAUGCGCUGUCGCCCAGCUUGCCGGGCUCCCUGGACAGUCCCGUAGAUAUUUCAGCUGACAGCUUUGACUUUUUUACAGACACACUCACCACAAUCGACCUACAGCAUCUGAAUUACUAAGAACAUUAAAACAAAACAAAGCGUCCUAACACAAAACCCCUUUGACCAGGUGGUUUUGCCAUCUUUUAUUCCGGGAGUUUAUUUUUUGUUUUAUUUUUCUUCUUGAUCUCCUCCCCCUACUUUCUUAAAUGUUGAGGAUUUUCUGUUUAAUGUUCUCCCCCACUCAGUUUUAAAGCCAUCUCUUACAAAUUAUGUUGGAGUUUUAGUUGUUUUACACCGAACCCAACAAGCUUCUAUGUGAUUUUCCUGAGAACAAAACAUGAGGCCUGCAAGAAAGUGACCAUAAAUUGUCUUGUCACUUUCUUUUUAUUUUUGUAUCACAUUCGGAUGCAUUGUCAUGCAUAUUUUUGGUAGAAUAAAUUCUCCUUUGCUAUAAGUAGCUUUCUUAU